UUCAGGCCCUCCAAUUCCGGUACUCAAUAGGUGAGCAUAUCAGGUAGUUCUAUCUGAACCAGUUCAUUAAUUCUAUGGUGACCAUUCUCCCUAGUUCCGAAAUCCGGUGGAAAUCCCAGUACUCGGCCUCAAAUACUAGCUCAAGCAAUCACAUUCGAACAGACGUAUCUAUAAUAUUUUGAUUUCAGAGUGUGCCCAAAGACGGCAUUAGUCUCAUCUUUCUAUAAUAUAUACUCUACCGUCUACCUCACGAGAAGCGUGCCAAUACUAUGGCGAGUUUCCACCAAAUUGUUCGCUCCCAUUUAUUUGCGAUCAAAAAUGUGUAGGCGACAGCGCAAGUCCAUAGCUGGCAUGGUUUCGCAGGUUGCAAUUUCGCGCGGACAUUUUAGAAAUGUUCACACGCAGUUUGUUUGUGUUUGCUGGAGUGAGUAGUUCCGAAGAAAACAUCCAUUGUGUGCGUCACAGUGACGCACAGUGUUAUACAUCGGUGGAAUCUCGCCCUGAUACUUCCUCAGUGUGGGAUAGUACGCAACUGUUUUGGCUGUACGCUAAAGGUGCCUAUCACAACAGCGCUAGAUCAUUAGGAACUAUUGGAUCAUAUGUUUAGUUUUUACAAUGUUGUACCUCUAUGUUUGCUACUUAUUCUCGGGAGUGUCAUAACGGUGAUGGUAAUUCGAUAUCAUAACAGUAGUUAUUGUUUGUUCAACACCGCAGGCCGACUUUCAGAGCAAUCCUUUUGUAGCGUUCCGAUCUUCAUUUGGAGCAGUAGUGUGGUGGCAUUGUGCUGUGAUGGCCGAUAUAUGGACUAUUCUUGUGAUACUCUUUGCGCUCAUAGAGACUGUACGACUCGAUUCCUCGUUUCUAGACGACGUAUUAGAGGAUCCACCGUUAACAAGAUCCCUUGGCUUCGCAAUACGGAAGAGGUUUGACAAGACGCUGGAUGACGCGAGACUCAACCAGGAGUAUAUGUACCGCUACAAUGAGAUGCUCAAGGCCAGUCAGGAGUCGUUUGAAAGCUUCGCCAGUCGAGACGAGAGAAGGCUUCGCCGAGUCGUCGGUGAUCAUAAUUACGAAAUUAUGAGAGAAGGUGUUCUAGACCGUCGCCGCAACGCGCCUCGUUUUCAGUCUCCCGUCGGCAGGCGAAGAGCUCGCACGCAAGCCCUGCGCCGACAGAAACUGAACAGCCAGAGUUUGAGGAGUCACCUCCAACACUCCCGACAAACCACCGCCGAUUACAAUACGCUCAGGAUCAAAAGAUACAGGGGAAUGAUAAAACGUAUCUUUUAUUCUCGUUUUUGUGCAAAAUGUGGUUCAAAUCUUUUACAAACAAAUUAAUAGGUAAUAAUUUCUAAUUCCUUUAGCAAGACUUACUUAAAGUAUAAUUAUAAAAUAAUAAAAGUAUAUUAAGUAAGAAUAAUACUAAAAUUAUGCGAAAAUGUAUCUCUUCACUCUCACCAUUUAAUCAGCCAGUUUUAAGGUUUAGUUACCUACUUAGUUACCACCUUAAUUCAUAGUUUAACAAUAUUUUAAUUUAAGUAAUUAUUUUUCGUGUAACUAUGUAUUAAUGUACUUACUGAAAUAAACUUUAUGGAUGAA